AUGGCUGUAGCUGGUAAUUUCCAAUGCUGGGUGACUGGAGAUGCCAUGUGGGCUUCAUGCGGCGGACUGGGAGCCCCCAAUGCUCGGACAUACUCAAUACCAGAUUCACAAAUGCACUGCCCUCACAACCCUCCCUAUCGAUACUUACGUCGCUCUACAGCUACUGGAAGACAUGUCGCCAGGUCGUGUGGUAACCUGGGUCCGUCAUACCGCUAUCGCUCAACGCCUCAGAAGCUCGUGAUGACUUCUAGGCCUGCCUCAGGCGGGGCCAUCUUCGUUGGAUCUGACAUUGCCGACCUCCUGGCACCCAUGAAAAUCAACGCCCCUCAUGCUCUCGAUACGUACAUGCAGCUACUGGCGCUCCUUGCGGAGGCAGGCGAGCCUCGAGAACCGGCUCAAGGCCGCUUUCUCCAACGCCGAAGGCCCCGUUGCAACCCACAACUCGAUGUCGCAAGCAGCCUCGCAGUUUGGAAUUACCCCGCGACGGAGAACCAACUGCCUACAAUCUUCGAAACCUCCGGCCAUCUCCCCGAACCACAAACCCCGCAGCUCCGAUCUCCGAUCAAGACAACAAAACCAGACAAUCAGCGCGACGAUGCUGUGUUCUAUACCUUCCGUGACACAUGCAGAGCCCUCGAGCCUUACCAGAUCGCACUGGCGAUGUGGUUGCUGGGCUGCCUCGAAACGCGGAGAGCUCUUCCAUCGAGGACAAAGAAUCGACACGGACAAAGAGCAACGCGACCGCCCAUACAAUGUCAGGAGACUUACUGCGCACAGCGGCAUCGUAUUGCUCCGCCUCGGCGAAGCAUACGACAGCUUCGCUGGUGA